CAUUGUUGUCAAAAGUGUUUUUUAGAAAAAAUGUGUGUCGACAUAGUUUUGAUAAAUUACUCAACAUUUGUUCGUUUCCUCUAAAUACACAAUUGGUUAGUUCAGAUAGUGGAGUUAUCCGUUGUGAAGAUGUAAUUUUCAAUAAUAUACAUUUUGCACAUCUUCCUGAUUUAAUUGGAACAUUAUUAUAUGAAAAUAACAUUAUUAAUUCAUCUAAAUGGACUCAAAUCAAAGCUUCUUAUGGAACUUCUGCUGGUGUAUUUAUUGAUUCAUAUGAUACUACGUUAAAUAAUUGGGAAACAAAUAUAAGUUUCACUGGAAAACCUAGUAAAUAUUAUAUAUAUCUUCCGUCUGGACUUCUGAUGGACGUACAGGAAAUCUUAUUCAAUUCAAGAUAUUUCCGAUGUUGUAGAUAUUUUGAUACAAUUAAUUUCGUAUGGUCAAAUAGUUCAGUAUUCCCACAAUCGUAUACAACUUAUAUAGGUGCAGGUUUAUACGGCCCUCCUCAAACUUUAUUACCAAAUGCACCAUUUAAUUCGACAUUUAAUUUACCAAAAUAUAACUCCUCUUCUCAUUCUCCGACUUUGAAUGAUUCAUCUCCUUCGAAUAAUAGUUUGUUUAUUG